CGAUGGCGGUUUUAUCGCUCACAACGCGCGCGAUGCGUACCCGGGCCAGGCGCCCACCAAGGUGGUCAACUUUACGGGCGGCAGCGGCGCCGACAGCAGCAACAACAACAACACCAACACGCCCGCCGCCGCCACCACCACCACCACCACGGCGAACGGGACCGCCAACGCCAACAGCAAAACGACGGACGCUAUCUACGACCUACCGUGCUACAACGAGUACUUGCCUAAUGGGAAUGGUUACGCUGACGGACAUGGUUUGGUUACCAUACGGAUGAAGCCUGAUGAGAAAGGACGCUUUGGUUUCAAUGUCAAAGGUGGGGCGGACCAGGGCAUGCCAAUCAUCGUGUCACGCGUAGCUCCCAACACACCGGCGGACCUGGCCAUCCCACGUCUCAACGAGGGAGACCAGGUGCUACUCAUCAAUGGCCGAGACGUGUCGCAGCACACUCAUGAACAGGUUGUGAUGUUUAUCAAAGCUUCUCGAGAGACCCACUCAGGGGAGCUGGCUCUGGUUGUCAGGCCCAAUGUAUAUGUAAGUGAGGAGCAGUGCGAUGAGCCCGACUUCACAUACAUCCCAGAGACCCACCAGAUCGCCUCCUCCUCUUCCAGCGCCAACACCCUCGAGUCCUCGCUCAUGUUGUUGCAGGAGAGCUUGGAGAGCGGUGCGGCCAUAGCACAGUUUGAGCAAUUAUAUCGGAAGAAACCAGGUCUAACACUGAAUGCAGCACGGUUGGACGCCAACAUCAAUAAAAAUAGAUAUCGAGACAUAUCACCAUAUGACCAAACACGAGUAGUGCUGAAGAGUGGAGCCUGCGGAGAUUACAUCAAUGCCAACUAUGUAAAUAUGGAAAUCCCCGGAUCAGGAAUUGUCAACCGCUACAUUGCCGCUCAAGGACCUCUGCCCAACACCUGCACAGAUUUUUGGCAGAUGGUGUGGGAGCAGCAGUCAUCGCUAGUGGUGAUGCUGACCACCAAAGUGGAGCGCGGCCGCGUCAAGUGCCACCAGUACUGGCCGCAGCUCUACGAGACGGAGGACUUUGGCACGUUGCAGAUCACGUGUGUGAAGGAGGAGGAGACGCACUCGUUUGCUUUCCGUGAAUUCAACCUGACGCACGUGGAGACGAGCGAGGAGCGGCACAUCCGUCACAUGCAGUACAUCGCCUGGCCGGACCACGGCGUGCCCGACGACCCCAGCGACUUCCUGCACUUUGUCAUACGAGUGCGGCAGAACCGAGAGGGCAUGGUGGAGCCCACCGUUGUACACUGCAGUGCUGGUAUUGGAAGAACAGGAGUGCUCAUCACCAUGGAAACCGCAAUGUGUCUUAUAGAAUCGAACCAGCCUGUGUACCCGCUGACUAUAGUGCGGCAGAUGCGGGAUCAGAGAGCCAUGCUUAUCCAAACUUCUAGUCAGUAUAAAUUUGUGUGUGAGGCAAUACUCCGAGUUUAUAACGAGGGCCUCGUGAAACCUCAUGAAGACUUUAGAAGAUGAGAGGGCCGACACAGUGGCAUGGGAGAGCUAGCGUUUAUGCACAUGCUGAUGUGUGAGAGGACAGACAGUGUGCAGAUGUGUCCAGGUGUUGUCGUGGUUUCACUUCUGCCUCCAUCCACCACUAUCGUCGCCGGGGACGGAGACACCCCCCUCCCGUCAGUGGGAGCGUGGUGGUGUUUUGUUGGGCUGGGUCAAGCUGGCCGGACCUCAGAGUGAAAUAUCCUCCCGCAUGGGGAGACUGCAGGCGCCGGUUACCAGCCUGACUUGGGGCGAAGAGGAAGAGAUGGACGGGAAACACUUUAAACGAAAAGUAGAGAGGAAUCGAGUCUUUUGAGUUUGGAUUCGCCUUUUCCCUCCCAGAGGGCGUCAAGCUCAUGUUGUUGCAUCGACUGUUAAUUCGUGGACUUUGUGAAAGAUUAAGACAAUUCAUUAACAAAACAAAACAAGUUUUUGUGGUGUUGGAGGCUGUGGACCCUGUGAGGACUUGCAUGCACGUUAUUUAUUGUUCUCAAGGCCAGUGUGUACGGUGGGAGUUGAGGAAAGUGGUUCGUAUAGAGACAAACAAACACUAAUGGAAGAGAAACGCUGAUGUAUAUUGUGUACCAUGGAGCAGAAGGAUGCGGGGAUAGGUGUAGUUAGGUCAGCAAAGUUGUGUGUGAGUGAGGACACAAGGCUGUUUUGUGCCACUCGCACUUGCUUUCUGAAUGCUGGACAUCAACCUGUGACUGUCAGGGCUGUCAGUGAGCCGCUGCUCUGCCUGUAUAUACUACGUAUUUUUUUACCAGGAGAUUUAUAUUACUAUCUGUUUUAUUAUCGUGGCUGUUGUUGUUGUUGCAAGAUACAUGGUGAAUGUGCAUUUAAGAGCAAUAUGUUUAUCCGUGCCCCCGCCCAUCAUCCCCAUGAGCUGGAUCAAUGUCGCGCUUCUGUGAGAGAUUUUGUGUUGCUGUGUUUGGAUACUGCAACAUGCCACAUCAGAGCUGACUCCUUAAGUACAUCUGUGUAUGUUCCUGUGCAACAAGAGAGGGCAACGGGUGUGUGAGUAGUAGGGGUUGUUGCUUUUCACGGACACUGUCUGGGACUUGUUCAUCAAUGCUGGGACAGGUGGACUGAAAGCGAGCAGCAUCCCAUUGUGUUUGGGGUCAUCUCCUGACUGGAUACGCGUGGAGUUGUACAGUAGUGCGUUUUGGUGGUUAGAAGAAUGAAUGUGGGGGAAUUGUUUCUGUGACGGUCAAGUUUACUGAUUGUGGUUUCUCGUGGUUUCUCACCUCACUCCCAAGGUGAAACAAACAGGGAGAGACUGGGUGCAUCUUGACCAAGAGGGAUUGAUUUGAUUGGUAUAGAAUGUGCUGGGUACAAGGGCGAAUGUCAGUUCUACUUGAGUUUACAGAUUUUUUGCCAGGGGAUUAUUAAACAAUACCAACAUUUAUUGAGCUAUGGACUGAAGAAAUGAAUUGAGUAUUCAGACAGCUGCAUGUCUAUUCAAGAUAUCUUUCUGUAUUGGCAGGUACAGAGUAGAGCUGUAGCAGUUUGAUACUGGGUAUUCAGUUUGUUAGCUGUGGGUGAACCUAGUAGCACUGCUGUUGGCAAAAUGACACAGUCAUUGGACAUUUCAUGAUUAUGAUAAUAUUCUGUUGUGCAAAUGGAUUUAGUUUUGCUCACCUGUAUGACUUAUAAGAUUAAAGCUUUAGAUGUCGUUUCCAGAUACACAAAAAAGGAAAUCUGUGGUGAGCACAAUUUGUAAGGAAUGUGACUGAAUGAUGUUGAUCUACAGAGUAUUAAUCAUUUUCAAAUGAAGUGAUGUGUCAUCACGUUCCUCUUUGCUUUUGCAUUAUUUCCUGGAAAAAGCAUUUUAGCAAUAAUGGUGGAUUUUGUUGUUUAGAUCAUAACAGGAAUAAGUGAAUCAUUUUGUGUGUUCUCAUUCCUCAUAAUGAUUGUGGUCGUAAUCUAAACUGAUUGUAAAGACUUUGUAGAAAGGCUAUGAAUUUUGAUUGCAGAUUUUCAAUGAGAUCUGUAAAUAGAUUACACACAACAUUUUUGUCCACACUUGCAUGGGAGUUCAUAGUCUUUUGGGAUGCAAAUGAAUUCCUUGUAUUUUGUAGCUUGUUUUAGUUAUCAUUUGGAAGUUGCCACGAAGGUCAGUUGC